GGCGCUCAGCCCUCCCCGCUCGGUCCUCCCCGCUUCGUCCUCCCCUCGCUGCGUCCUCGGCCGGGCGGCAGUGCGGAGUCCUACCCCAGCGAAGCACGAGGCGGCUGCUCCGUGGCGCGCCAUGACCCGGGGCCUCCUGUGGCGCGGCCUCUGGCUGCUCCUGGUGCAUUUCCUCGUGGUGACCACCGCCUGCCAGCAGUCCCACUACCGGCCCGUCAUCCAGGAGCUGUGCCUCAAGCGAUUCCAGGUGAACAUGGAGGCCCUGGGGAAGACCCUCUGGUGCGACUGGGACAAGACCAUAACGAACUACGGAGAGCUCACGGACUGCACCAGACAGGUGGCCCAGAGGCUGCGCUGCUUCUGGCCUAACCCCGAGGUGGACCGCUUCUUCGUAGCUGUCCACCAGCACUACUUCCGGAGCUGCUCCUCAUCUGGCCUGGCCGCACGGGACCCGCCCGGCAACAUCCUCUGCCCCUUUGUCCUGCUGCCCAUCAUGGUGACCCUGUUUGUGACAUUGAUGGUGCUCUGGCAGAGCAAGCGCAGGGAAGGCAUCUUGUAGGUGGGCAGGGCUACCCCCUAGGCCAGGGUGCUCUCUGCACAGGGAGCCACCAGCCUGCCCAGCAAGAGCAUCUGGGCCCCCCCCAGCAAGGCAUGCCCCAAGCCCCCCUCUUCCCCUAGCCGAGCAGAGCUGUAGGAUUUCAGAGGGUCCCUAGCUAGGCAUUCACCUUGAGUCCCCCUCACUGAGGUGGAAGUAACCCCAAAAGGGCAGCCAAGGCACUUGAAGGUAGGGGGCAUCACUGUGGUUUAUUCCUGGGGAAGAGUCCCAAGCUCUGCUUCACCCGACGUAUUUGUAAACCGCCUCCCACCGGCCUGCUUACCCCAGAGACUGUGUGUGGGUGACUAUUUGUGAUUAAAAGCCUAAUCUUAA